CAGCCUCUCGCCUCGGGGAGGGUGUUCGGCGCGGGGGCCGCCGGGGCGGGGCCGCGGGCACUUGAGCUUCGGCGGGGCCGCGGGGAGUGGGGCGCCCAAUCGUCCUUGCGUCCAGGCUUGGCUCCGAGGGACAUGUCCGCGCCGUGCUCGCAACGCGCCCCGGGCUGCUAGCUUCUCCGGGACUUCCUGCCCGCGCGGCCCCGCACCUGGCCGCGGCCCCAGGCCGGGCUCGGGCUGUAGAGCGCCGCGGGCGGGCGGGUGGCUCGUUGGCCGGCGGUUCGCGCGGACCGCUGCAGUCAUGGGGCUGCAGCCCCUGGAAUUCAGCGACUGCUACCUCGACAGUCCGUGGUUCCGGGAGAGGAUCCGCGCCCACGAAGUGGAGCUCGAGAGGACCAACAAGUUCAUCAAAGAGCUCAUCAAGGACGGGAAGAACCUCAUCGCGGCGACCAAAAGUCUUUCGGCAGCCCAGCGGAAGUUUGCUCACUCACUCAGAGACUUUAAGUUUGAGUUUAUUGGCGAUGCGGAGACCGAUGAUGAACGCUGCAUAGAUGCUUCCUUGCGUGAAUUUUCUAACUUUUUGAAGAACCUGGAAGAGCAGAGGGAAAUCAUGGCAUUAAGUGUAACUGAAACCCUGAUUAAACCCUUGGAAAAAUUCAGGAAAGAGCAACUGGGAGCUGUAAAGGAAGAAAAAAAGAAGUUUGACAAAGAGACAGAGAAGAACUAUACCCUAAUUGAUAAACAUUUGAAUUUAUCAGCAAAAAAGAAAGACUCACAUUUACAAGAGGCAGACGUCCAAGUGGAGCAAAACCGGCAGCACUUUUACGAACUGUCUCUCGAAUAUGUAUGUAAGCUGCAGGAAAUCCAAGAAAGAAAGAAGUUUGAAUUCGUGGAACCUAUGCUGUCAUUUUUUCAGGGAAUGUUUACUUUCUAUCAUCAGGGCCAUGAACUUGCCAAAGACUUCAAUCACUACAAAAUGGAACUACAGAUCAACAUUCAGAAUACUCGGAAUCGUUUUGAAGGAACGAGGUCGGAAGUGGAAGAGCUUAUGAACAAAAUCCGACAGAAUCCCAAGGACCACAAGCGAGCCAGCCAGUUCACGGCCGAAGGCUACCUGUAUGUGCAGGAGAAAAGGCCUGCCCCAUUCGGGUCCAGCUGGGUCAAACACUACUGCAUGUAUCGGAAGGCGGCCAAGAAGUUCAACAUGAUCCCCUUUGAGCACAGAUCUGGUGGGAAACUUGGGGAUGGAGAGGUGUUCUUUUUGAGAGAAUGUACCAAGAGGCACACAGACUCCAUAGACAGAAGAUUCUGUUUUGAUGUAGAAGUUGCUGACAGGCCUGGCGUUGCCCUGACCAUGCAGGCAUUCUCAGAAGAGGAGAGGAAGCAGUGGCUGGAAGCUCUGGGUGGAAAAGAAGCUCUGCUCCAUACUUUUAAUAGAGCCAUCGUCCCAAGACCAGAAGGAAGUGCACAGUUGGAUAAGAUGGGAUUCACAAUUCUCAGAAAGUGCAUCAGUGCAGUUGAAACACGAGGUAUAAAUGACCAAGGAUUGUACAGAGUUGUGGGGGUGAGUUCAAAGGUCCAGAGACUUCUCAGUAUGUUAAUGGAUGUAAAAACCUGCAAUGAGUUGGACCUGGAGAAUUCCAGCGAUUGGGAAGUGAAGACAAUAACGAGUGCCCUGAAGCAGUAUUUGAGGAGUCUUCCGGAGCCUCUUAUGACCUAUGAGUUACAUGGGGAUUUCAUUGUUCCAGCCAAAAGUGGGAGUCCAGAAUCUCGUGUGAAUGCUAUCCAUUUCUUGGUGCAUAAACUUCCAGAGAAAAAUAAAGAGAUGUUGGACAUUUUGGUGAAACACUUAACAAAUGUUUCAAACCACUCCAAGCAGAACCUGAUGACCGUGGCAAAUUUGGGAGUGGUGUUUGGACCAACUCUGAUGAGGCCACAGGAAGAAACUGUUGCUGCCAUCAUGGACUUGAAGUUCCAGAACAUUGUUGUGGAAAUCUUAAUUGAAAACCAUGAAAAGAUUUUUCGGACGCUGCCUGAUGCCACACCCCCUGAGUCGGUCUCCCAGUCACCCCCAAAUGCUCCACCAAGACAAUCGAAGAGACAAGGCCAGAGGACCAAGAGACCUGUGGCUGUGUAUAAUCUCUGUCUUCAGCUGGAAGAUGGUGACAGCCCCAACCCUUCGAAGGAGGACACCCCCACCAGCAGUCUGGACUCACUUUCCUCCCCCUCUCCCACGACUGCCACAGUCCAGGGGCUUCCUGGACCAGACAAAAACCACCUUGUCGCUGACGGAGACUGGGCAUCCGCUGCCUCAAGCCAGACCCGACCGCCGAUGGUCCAGUGGCUUAACCCGCAGUCUCCGACCACACUGAGCUGCAACCGAGCUGUUACCCCUCCUUCACCCAAGUUGUCACCUUUCCUUUCCUGUCCUCCUGCCACCCCAGCGGACAAGCCACCUGAAAGCGUCACCAGUCGGAAGGCUCGAGCGGUGUAUCCGUGUGAAGCAGAACACAGCUCCGAGUUAUCGUUCGAAAUAGGAGCAAUUUUUGAGGAUGUACAAACCUCGAGGGAACCUGGCUGGCUAGAAGGGACUCUGAAUGGCAAGAGGGGGCUGAUUCCACAGAAUUACGUCAAGCUGCUCUAGCGCCCGUCCUGUGAGGGCCCCACGGAACCUGACACCCAAGGCCCUGCCUGGGGCAGCGAAGCCACAGCCACCGGACACACGGGAAUUCCAGAUCACAAUGGGCACUCCGGGGGUGCGGAGGGGGACACACUGCUAGAGGUGGGGAGAGGGACACACCACAGAGAACUGUGUAGGUCUGUGGAGCAGGAGAACAGUGUCGGGAUGGACUUUUCACUUGUCAAGCCUCAGACAUGUGAUUGUUAAUUAUCCAGAGAGCAGGAGGGAGGGUGGCGGCCACCUGCCAGCCCCACCUCCCCCCUGGCCACCACCCCGCCAGACACCUCCCCACCCUGCUGCUGAGGUUUUAUAGGGAACUGCCCUCGUGGUGGUGUUUGCAAGAGGCCUCCUGGCUCCGGUGGACGUGUGGAGGCGCUGCUGCUGGGGGUCAGGGCAGUGACUUGUUCUAAACCCAGCGGGCAGGUGCUCCUCCCUGGACGGCCCCCCUCGGGUCCCUUGGACCCGACACUCAUGCUACGCUGAGAGCACCCGCGUAUUUAUAACAGGCUUCUCCUUGGUGGUGCUCACCCAUGUGCUGUUUCCCCGACACCACCCUUUUGCUCCAAGGCCUCUGUAAAUGAAAUAAAAUGUAAUUUCCUA